GACGUGGUGGCAGCGCACAGCAGCGCACAGAAGUGGGGAGCUUGAGCUCCGAGUGUUUUUCUGAUUGACGAUCUCAGUCUCAAGAAGUGCAGAUGAGCGCCGGCGACGGAGAGCCGCUCUUCUAGGGCUCUUUUCAUAAGGCUACUCUUUGCCAGGCGGACUGGGGUAUAGCAAUUCAUGCUUUAGUUUAGCUGCCGAAGCCAAUCAGUUAAUCACAAGGACGGACACUGAAAUGUAAUAGGCGAGAAGCUUUGCUACUAUUUUAUUAAGUACUAAGAGCACAAACCCUUAAAUCUAAUGUGAAGCAAACGAGGUUGCGAGUACUUUUUGUAGCAUGAAGUGGAUUUGACGAAGAGGAGGGGACGUUUGGUUUUUUUAUUUUCUUUUUCCAGAACCACAGAGAGGAAGACUUUAGCCUCAAAAUAACGGUUUUUGGGUUGAGAUUUCAGAUUUCCUUUGCCUAUCGUUGGGGUGCGAGUUUUUUUAGGCAUAUAACGGGAAAGACAUUGGUAUAUCCAAAAGCGUUAUGAUUUAAGGAAGUGUAUACAGGGAAAACUAUCGGACGUGGUAUAAUUCUGUAACAUUAAACGAUGUGUGUAGUACUUGCCUCCCGAUCGCACGUAGUCUUAUAAAACCACCUCUGUCGUAGAAGUAGUUUUAGAUUCUCGGCGAACCUUCCCGAUCUAUUUUCAUGGAAUAAUCCCGAAGAAAGAAAAGUAAAAACUGUCUCUCAUGUGUCUGUGACACACACAAAAGGGCUUAAAGGUCUCCAAAGAAUGGUAAAUGAUCGAUGGAAAAUCAUGAACAGUGUUUCAGAACUCGACGAUGGACAGCAACAGAAAAACCAGAGGAUGAGCUGUAGCUACCUUCUGUGCACCAUCCUGCUGUUUGUGGCUGUUCUUCUGGCUGUAACUGUGACUGGCACCAUCCUCUUUAUGAACCACUACCAAGCUCCUCCUGUUUCCGAUGGCCCGCCUCUCAUCAGCACCAAUCAGAACGAAGGGAACGCCCUGGUGACCGUCGAGCGGGGAGACGGCUCACGCAUCAACAUCUUCAUAGACCCCAACUGCCCUGACUACAACAGCAACUUCCUGCGCCUGGAGGGUGUCCAGACGUCGCUGCUGCACUCUCUCACUGACCACGACUCCGACCUUAAGUCAGUGAAAGGCCAGGACCGCGCCCUGCUCGUCAACUUGGCCGAGGAGGUGGCCAAACUCUCGGCCCAUGCCAGUCAGUUGAAGAUGGAGUACGAGUCACUGCGGCGCGGCCAGGGAAACCUAGGGCAGGAGCUCAACACCCUGCAGACAGAGCAGGGUCGACUCAUCCAGCUGCUGUCGGAGAGCCAGGUGAACAUGGUGAAGGUGGUGAACUCUGUGAGCGACGCCCUCAACUCCAUGCAGAAGGAGACGGGCAGCAUCAAGACGCGGCUGAAAGCCGACCUGCAGCGAGCUCCAGUCCGCGGCGCCCGAACCAAAGGCUGCGCCAACGGCUCCAGGCCACGGGACUGCAGUGACAUUUACGCCAGUGGGCAGAGAGAGGAUGGCAUCUACUCGGUGUUUCCCACCCACUACCCCUCUGGCUUCCAGGUCUUCUGCGACAUGACCACCGAUGGGGGCGGCUGGACAGUGAUCCAGCGGAGAGAGGACGGCUCGGUGAACUUCUUUCGCGGCUGGGAUGCGUACCGUGAAGGAUUUGGGAAAAUCACUGGGGAGCACUGGCUUGGUAUGAAGCGGAUCCAUGCCUUGACCAUCCAGGCCAACUAUGAGCUACGCAUUGACCUGGAGGACUUUGAGAACAGCACAGCCUUUGCCCAGUAUGGGACUUUUGGAGUCGGCUUGUUCUCAGUGGACCCGGAUGACGACGGCUACCCCCUGACUGUCGCUGACUAUUCAGGCACCGCAGGUGACUCGCUGCUGAAGCACAACGGGAUGAAGUUUACCACGAAGGACAAGGACAACGACCAUUCGGAGAAUAACUGUGCCUCCUUCUACCACGGGGCCUGGUGGUACCGGAACUGCCACACGUCCAACCUGAAUGGACAGUACCUGAAGGGCCAGCACACCUCCUACGCUGACGGCAUCGAGUGGUCCUCCUGGACCGGCUGGCAGUACUCGCUCAAGUUCGCCGAGAUGAAGAUCCGACCCACUAGGGAGGAGAACAAGUGAGGUGGAGGGGAGAUUUAAAAAAUAAAUAAAUAAAAAAACCACAACCAUGAGGGAAAACACUGGCAAGCAGGCUGUCUUUGUUAGAGACUUUGAUUGUUGAAUAAUGAGGACUUUUUGAUGAUUUAGUAGUCCCUCUGUUUCUCGUGAACCCUCGUUCACCCUUCUGACGCAUUCCCGCUCUUGCUAACUCAUCUCUGGGCAUUGUUUCGCUGAGCAGUUGAGUACUAGGUCAGCACUAUUGCCCUUACUGUAAUGAUUGUAUCUCUAAACACUGACAAAUAAUUUAAUGCAUUGUCGCACCCAUCCCCAAUGUUAUUCCUUUCGAGUGGCUGUAGAAUUUAGCUAACAUAUGUGUAGUUGUGUGUUUUCAAGUUGGGCAACUGUGUUGGAUUUCUGCGCCUACCGGGGUCAGAGGCCAUAGGUUUUCUUAUUGAUUUGUUUGCACUUUUCUAUUAUUUGGAUACAUGCUUGUUGGUUGAUAUUGAUGUUGUGACACUGCAGCACCUGGCCCACCAUAACUCUCCCGGACUGAAUCACCUCUCAAACGGGGCGGAUGAAAGUAACGGUCUGACCUUGCUUCACUGCAGUCUGCUGUGAGAACACGCUUUAACACAUUUCGCUGUGAUGGGAGAUCUUUCUCUGUAGGGUUUUACCACAAUCACACCUAAAAAGGCACACCUGUUUAAUGGUAGGGAUUGGAUAUUUAUCACACCUCAUCCAGUUUUCUGAUAAGAACUAUUCUGGCACAAGCAACAUGGAUAUAAGCAAUUUAUAGCACCCUCUGUAAAGAGGCUGUUUCAAGGAAUAUCAAAGCAUCACAUUUAUCUGACAAAAACCUUUAAUGAGCAUACUGGGUGCUGGCUUAGUUUACUAAAGGCCAAAUGACAGAGCAUCACCAGAGGUAGUAAUGUAGUGUUUCCACUGAGGAUAGUCACCCUGGGCACUUGGGGUUUCGUUACUUUUCUUUUCCCGUAUGUGACAAGAUCAUACCUGUCCAAUAAGAUACGUGUCAUGAAAAAGUAGAACUUGUUUAGAUGAUUUAGGUGGAUGUUGCCCCUACAUAUAAAAACAGCUGCUAAUCCCAGGUAUUCACUGAUUUUCCUUUAUUCCAUUGAUCCCGGAUGUAUCUCCUUUGGGGAAGAAGUGUUUGCGUUCUUGCGGAUGGCACACUAUUGACCAGGAAUGUGUUCCUUCAGACCAGCAAGGCCAAGUGCACUUCAUGAAGAUCUGGAAAGUAAGAAAUAAUACUCUCGUGGCAUUUGAGAUAACCAUGACAACAUUCCAGAUUAACCCAUAUUGGUGCAACACCUUUAUCUCAGUGGUUGGCUUUGCCUUCUGAUUGGUGGCUGUGAACCAUGUUCUCAUUUGUGGCUCCGCCCUGCUGCUUAGCUCAUCCCCUUCACCGCUCCUGUCCUGGUGUCUUUUAUUAUUCAGAAUAUUACUCUGUGGUUGGUGGCUCCUGUCAAAGCAGAGACGGAUGCGUCUGCUCUUCUGCUGCCCUGAUGAUUUGCUUUUGUCUUGAUUGGGUCUCUUUCGUUUUCAUUGGAGGUAACAGGAUUUGUCCUGUUCCUACUACUAUUUGAAGUUACAUGGAGCCCUUGGAGCACAGCAUUUUGGGAUAUUAGGAGUAGCAAGACAGCUAGCUAUUCAUUGCGCUUGUACCCCAACUGCAAACUCUUGUUUCUUGUGGCAACAGGAGAGCAGACCUUUCAAGCAUCUCACAACAGUGAGGACCCCGUACUCUGCAGCGAACACUGGUUUGGGGAAGGGGGUCACACCGCCUUGAGAUAUGGUGACGGCAGGGUGGAAAAGGCUACAUUUUCAAUUUGUUUUCAGUUUGCUGCUUCUACGUUGUUUCCAAUCCCUCUAAAAUGCACCAUCAACAUUGUAAUUCUAUUGUGGUUCUACUGUACUAGCAUGGAGAUUUUUGU